CAGAACACCAAACCAACACCCAAGCCAGGCGCACUUUCAACACCUUCAACAUACAUCACUACACUUGUGUUUAUUCAUCAAAAUUCUCUCUCUCUCUCUCUCUCUCUCUCUCUUGAUUCUCUUAAAAAUGGCGAGGCAGCCAUCGCUGUAGAAGCAGCAGGUGUUUUUCCAUGUGAAAUGAAGCCAUGGUUGUCGCUGUAGUUGUCAUCAAACACAACAACAACAACUAACUCAAAUGCAAAACAGACACUAACAUAUAUAUUAUGGCUUCUUUCAAACCCAACCAAACAUUUUCAUCAGUUAUAUCUACGUUUGUUGUUUUCUCCAUUCUAACAGCUUCUUUACUGUCUCCGACGGCUUCCGGCGACGCCGGCGCCGGUGAUUACCUACUUUCAAACCGCACAUUCCGGCCACGCCAAGAAAUUCUGAAACUAAGGAGGAUAAGGGCAUAUCUCAAGACGAUCAACAAGCCUGCGGUCAAGACAAUUCAGAGUCCAGAUGGGGAUCUAAUAGACUGUGUACAAUCUCAUCUUCAACCCGCUUUCGAUCAUCCUCAACUCAAAGGAAAGAAGCCAUUGGAAGCUCCAGAGAGACCAAAAGGACACAAUUUAGGUGAUGCAGCAGAGAAGAGGUUUCAAGUAUGGUCAGAAUCUGGGGAAUGGUGCCCAGAAGGAACGGUUCCGAUCAGAAGAACAAGGGAGGAGGAUGUGUUGAGAGCUAGCGACGUUCGUAGAUUUGGAAGGAAGAAGAUCAGUAGAGCAGUUCGCCGGGACACCAUGAGCAACGAUCAUGAGCAUGCUGUUGCAUUUGUAAAUGGAGAUCAAUACUAUGGAGCUAAAGCGAGCUUAAAUGUGUGGACGCCUCGAGUAAUGGAGCAGUAUGAAUUCAGCCUCUCGCAACUUUGGGUCAUUUCCGGUUCUUUUGGCAACGAUCUUAACACCAUUGAAGCUGGUUGGCAGGUCAGUCCAGCAUUGUAUGGAGACAACUAUCCUAGGUUCUUCACUUAUUGGACAACUGAUGCAUACCAAGCCACAGGAUGCUACAACUUGCUAUGCUCAGGCUUUGUUCAAACAAACAAUAGGAUUGCAAUGGGGGCAGCAAUAUCUCCAAGAUCAUCUUACAAUGGCAGGCAAUUUGAUAUUGCCAUUAUGAUUUGGAAGGAUCCGAAACAUGGGCAUUGGUGGCUGGAAUUCGGGCCGGGCAUUCUGGUCGGGUACUGGCCAUCUUUCCUGUUCACCCACCUGAGAAGCCACGCAAGCAUGGUGCAGUUUGGAGGAGAGAUAGUAAAUGGUGGAGGUGAGAGAGGAUACCACACUUCAACACAGAUGGGGAGUGGCCAUUUUGCAGAUGAAGGCUUUAGAAAGGCUUCAUAUUUUAGGAACUUGAAGACUGUGGAUUGGGACAAUAACUUGAUCCCUUUGUCUAAUCUUCACCUCUUGGCUGACCACCCAAAUUGUUACAAUAUUAAGUCUGGGAGAAAUAGUGUUUGGGGAAAUUAUUUUUACUAUGGGGGUCCUGGAAGAAACUCUAGGUGCCCAUAAUAAACUGAUAAACUCUUUUUUUACGAUAUCUAUCUCAGUGUUUAAUUUAUUGUGAUUAUUCUUAUUAGGGAAAA